UACGUACGCAAAUACUCCUACACUCAUCGGAGAGUGGACAUGCCUAUUUUCCAUAAUAGCGAAUUAUACCGGCAAGUGAGUCUGAUGUCUGAACUCUGCCCUUUUGCGCAAUUAGACUUGGAAUAAAAGCGUAACACGAAGCUCAGGUUUUAAUUCGGUGUUUACAUUACUGGAUAAAGCGCGCAUUUGAAAGUUCAAAACUUCGUAACGGUUCUUUUUGAGCGAUCUAUUGCCAAAAAAAAAAAACCGGUUGCUUUAAAUUGGUCUGCUAGAGAUUCGAGUUGGAAGUGAGAAAGUGAAAACUCAUUGAUUUUCAUUGAGUUGUUGCCACGCUAACAGACAAUGCAGGAAGCGUAUGUGAAUAUCAAUAACAUACCCACGCACAUCAUAACGUGGGGAAAGUGGAUUGAGGAGUCAUUAAAUGACGUCCAGGAGAUUAUUGUUUGCAUAACGGGCAAUCCUGGACUGCCUGGUUUCUACACAGAGUUCGGUGGUGCACUGCAGAAGGAGCUGGGCUCCGAUGGACACAAUUUGCCAGUCUGGGUGAUAGGUCACGCUGGACAUGAUGAUCCGCCAGAGGCGAGCAUUCGUGAGGUUCCUCAACUUAGUGGCAAUGCCGAGCUCUUCAAUCUCAAAGGUCAAAUCGAUCACAAGAUAGACUUUAUAAAGAAGUAUGUGCCUCAGCAUGUGAAAAUUCAUCUGAUUGGACAUUCGAUUGGCGCCUGGAUGAUAUUGCAGCUGCUCAAGGAACCAGAGAUACGGGAUCGCAUAAAAAAGUGUUACAUGCUAUUCCCUACAAUAGAACGCAUGAUGGAAUCCCCCAAUGGCUGGGUAUUCACCAAAGUGGCUAUGCCCCUAUAUUCGGUCUUUGGUUACGUUUUCUUCAACGCUUUCAAUUGGCUUCCCGCUUGGAUACGCAUCUUUUUGAUCCAAAUCUACUUUUGGAUCUUUGCUAUACCCAAUCAUUUCCUUGGAACUGCAUUAAAAUACACCAAGCCGUCAGUGGCAGAGAAAGUGGUAUUCCUGGCCGACGACGAAAUGGCUCGGGUCAGUGUCCUGCAACGGGAUAUAAUCGAAGAGAAUAUGCAUCUACUAAAGUUCUAUUAUGGAACCACCGACGGCUGGGUGCCGGUCGACUAUUACAUUCAACUCAAAUCAGCCUUUCCUCAAGUGGACGCACAGCUGGACAACAAGAAUAUCGCCCAUGCAUUCGUUCUACGACAUUCCAAACCCAUGGCAUCCAUUGUCAGCAAUAUGAUCAAACAGAAUGUGAAAUAGAGCUCACUUCUAGGUGGGAUCACCUAGCCAAUUGUUGCCUAAUCUUAAUAUUAUAUGCGAAUAUCGGUAGUCUAACUUUCUUUUGUGUAGUGGUAAUAG